AUGUUUCCAAUAUUAUUGAGUCUCUUCACACUCUCUUGGUGCAGCAUUGAGGAAACCAAAGAAAUCAUGCAGGAUUGGGAUAAAUAUAUGCGAGGCUUUCUACCUGAUGAUAUGAUCUCGUUCUAAAUUGAAAAGGGAGGCGAGGAGAUAUUCAUUGAGUCAAUCAAGAAGACUCCCACCAACAUCAGAGGCACCUUCUUUAUUCCAAUCUACACUAUGGACACUAUUGAUUUUAAGGUGGUCGAUCCUUCUGGUUCUAUGAUUUAUGCGAAAAUGAUGAAAAAGGAAGCAGUGUUCAAUUUCAAUGCCACUGAGAAAGGGGAUUAUCAAUUGAUCUUUCAAAAUAAGAGAGCAAAGGAGGCUAAGGUUGUUCAAUUUGCCAUUGACGUGGCCAAAUCCGAAAAAGGUACACACUCCAUUAAUGUCGUUUUUUUUAGAGGAAAUCGAAUAGAAUGAUAUAGAUCCCAUUGAAGAGGGCGUACAGGGGGUUCUACAGAAGAUAAGAGACGUUUUCUAUAGUACCAAACUGAAUGAAUUGAAAUCCAAAGGAGCUUUGGCAGAUGUAUAAAAGAUUAAUAAGCAAUUGAUGGUUUUGACAUUUAUUGAGACUGUUGCUAUUUGCGGAGUGACCGCAUGGUAAGUAUAUUACAUAAAGAAAUUACUCAAUGACAGAAGAUUAGUGUGA